AUGGCUGGGUUGCAAAGAUCGGCUGUUUCAUUCCGCAGACAAGGUUCAUCUGGACUUAUAUGGGACGACAAAUACUUAUCAGGUGAACUGAUCAAUCAGCCAGUCAAACAUAAAGAAACUAACAAAAAACGAGUAGGAAAACCCAAAGAGGAAAUGAAGCUGCAGGUGGAGACUUCAUCAACAACCAUUGGAUCAACAGGGAGGAGAGGAUCCAACAGCGGUGGAGGGGUGAACCCGACGGCAGAGCCAUGGUCCCCUAAGGUUUCUGCAUGUGGAUUGUGCAGUGCUAUUAAUGGCAAAAAAGAUGCAAUGGAUCCAUUGUAG